AUGGCAGCAUCGCCAGCGGGCACCCUGUUCUGCCUCCCCCGCCCAGGCCUGUGGUUGGCUAUUUUGGGCUGUGGAGAGAAAGGGCUGAACCAGUCAGGGCCACUGGGCCCCCAUCCUUCAGCCUGUGCCUGUGAACAAGAACCCCCCUGGGGAACCAAGUGCAAGGUGGGAACAAGAAUAGCAGAGGACUUUGUCUCCCUCCCCCCGAAGCUGCCCAGUAGCCUGGCAUUAGAUGGGUCCCUGGCUGACCUGAUAAAGAAGCUAGCCCUCCUCUUUUCCUUUCAGCCAGCAAGGCUGUCCUCAGCAAGGUCUCCACUGCAUAUGACCUCAUCUUCCUUCGUAUCCUACUCCACUCCAGGACUAUGCCAACUUGUGGCCAUGCUCCCACCAGCAGGUCACCUCUUGUCCCUCCUGCUGGUGAUAGGCACAGGGGGUACUGUGCCCAGUCCCCGGGUGCCUCCCCGGGGCUGCUAUGUGGCAAAGGAAGCAGGUGAACGGACGUUCCGAUGCAGCCAGGCAGGCCUGAGCGCUGUGCCCUCCGGCAUCCCCAACGACACCCGCAAGCUCUACCUGGAUGCCAACCAGCUGGCAUCGGUGCCUGCUGGUGCCUUCCAACACCUGGCUGUCCUGGAGGAGCUGGAUCUGUCCCAUAAUGCCCUUGCCCACCUCUCGGGGGCGGCUUUUCAGGGCCUGGAGGGCACACUGCGCCACCUUGACCUCUCUGCCAACCAGCUGGCCUCGGUGCCCGUGGAGGCCUUUAUGGGACUACAGAUCCAAGUGAACCUAUCUGCCAACCCAUGGCACUGUGACUGCGCCCUCCAGGAAGUGCUCAGGCAGGUGAGGCUGGCACCAGGCACUGGGACAGGCAUCGUGUGUGGCCCCGGAGCCCGACCAGACUUUGUGGGGCAGGAGUUCCUGCUGCUGGCAGGGGAGAAAGAGCUGUGUGGGGCAGGGCGGGGCGGGGCCCGAAGGAGCACUGAUGUGGUCCUGCUGGUCACCAUGGGGGGCUGGCUGACACUCGCAGUGGCUUACCUGGUGCAUUAUGUGUGGCAGAACCGAGAUGAGACCCGGCGCUCCCUCAAGCGGGCCCCAGUGCUGCCCCUGCGUUCCGAGGGCUCCUCCACGCACAGCACAAUGGUCUGAAGACCCGGGGAGCUCUCCAGCCACACCCCACACUCCUGCCCCUAUGCCGUGUCCUUUCCUCUGACCUCCUCUGCCUCCUCUGCCCCCAGUGCGUCCCACCCUUUUCUCCUUUAUUCCCCCUAUACCUACUCGCUCGCUCCCUCGCUCUCUGUCAUCUUACCCAACACCAUCUUUGGUGCCUGGAACUUUUUAGUGCCUACUGUGUGCCUGGUUUGUGCUCAACUCAGAAAAUCCAGAACA